UUUAGGUAUUUGAAGUCUAAGACUAAGUUAGCCAUGGCUCUCCGUCAGUUUGUGUGCUGUUCCACUGUGAUGUUCAUUCUUUUUUGCAAAGGUUGUCAUUCACAGCAGCCUGCAUGUGGCACAGCUGUGAAGAACAGCAGAAUCAUGGGAGGUCAAGAUGCAUCCCCAGGAAGUUGGCCCUGGCAGGCAACUUUAUUCACUGGUGAAAAUUUGUGUGGCGGGUCUCUGAUCACCAACCAGUGGGUGCUGACAGCUGCUUCCUGCUUAACACCUUCUGUUUCCCCUUGGAAAUUUGUGUUUGUGGGCCGCCAUAAUCUGUUGGGUUCAAACCCAAAUCAAAUGAUUUGGCCACUGGAAAAAGUCACCUGCCAUCCUAAGUACAACAGCUCAACACACGAGAACGACAUCUGUCUUCUGAAGCUGGCGGCUCCUGUGAAUUUCACUGAGAACAUUCAGCCGAUCUGCUUAGCCUCAGAAAACAGCACUUUCAACAGUGGCACCAGCAGCUGGAUCACUGGUUUUGGACUUACUAGUGGUAGUUCCCACCCCACCAUCCUACAGGAAGUGAAUGUGCCAAUAGUGGGAAACACUGAGUGCCAGUUGUCAUAUCAGAACAUCUCGGAGAUCACAGAUAACAUGAUCUGCGCUGGGCUGAAAGCUGGAGGGAAGAAUUUAUGUGAGGGAGACUUGGGGGGACCACUCAUUGUAAAAAAUGAUUCAGUUUGGGUCCAGAGUGGAGUUGCAAAUGUUGGUGCUGCUAGCUGCGCCAAUCCUGUGAGACCUGGAGUCUACGUUCGUGUGUCCCGGUACCAGAAAUGGAUCAGUGAAACAGUCACUGGGACACCACCAGGCUUCGUUACUGUCCUCUUCCCAGGCACUGACAGCAACUACACCAAUCCCACACCAUCACCAACCAAUCCCCCCACCAAUGUCACUGCUACUACUGUCCACACCACUGUCCACAGUGGUGAAAACCUGAUCCACUUCACUCACUUCACCUCACUUUGUGCUCUUGUUGUGUUGCUCCAUGUACUUGUUGGAAGUGGUGGAAUGUAACUCAAAACAUUUACUCAAACACUUUGCAAGUUUUCCUGCAUGUUGUACUUUUUACUCAUUUUACAUUUAUGGGACUGCUCGAGUUUCUAGUUUCUUUAAAAAGCCAUUAAUUAGAUCUCUACAAACAAAUUAAAAAAAAUAAAUCAUUGUGCUUUCUUAUCCAUUGCAUGACAGUAAAUUAAUUACACAAUCGUUUUCAU